AUGGAGACAAUUGUUAUUCCGGUUUUCUACAAUGGAAAAUGGGUAACCUCAAAGAAGAUGUGCAAAUACGAAGGGGGUGACUCAAAAGGCUUAAUAGUUCCACGGACCAUCACAUUUGCUGAACUGUUGGAUUGUGUGCGUCAGAUUGGUAAUACAAACAGCAGGGAAGACCAUGUUUGCUUAAAGUUCUCAGUUUUGGUGGCCUCGAAUGAGUGGAAGCACAUAAAGAUAGAGGACGAUGAUGAUGUCAAAUUUUUUAUGAAGUACAAUUGUGAGGUAACACCUUCAAAACUAGCUCCCUUACUCGUGAGUAUAGAAGAUAAUAGACUAACAAAUGAUGUAGUUGAUAGUAUGCAUAUCACGACAAAUAGUAGUCGGAUGGGUCGUUCUUCAGCUGCCAUUGUUGAAAGCAAUGAAGUAACUCAGAAUAAUACAAAUUUCACUGAUGUGGGAGGUGAUGUUGGGACAGAUUUUGUGGACAUGAUUGAUUUUAGCGAGGUGGAGGAGAUGCAUGGUGGUGACAAUGGUACUGAAAGAAAUGAAGUGUCAAUGUACUCUGCCCCUCCUAUUUUGGGCCCCUUGAACACAUCUGCCCAAUUGCCAAUAAUGUGUUUAGGAGGAGAAUCUGAACCCACUCAUGAACAGUAUUUCAGUCAAAUGGAUGAACAGAACCGGUAUAACGUGGCCGGUGUAAAUGAUGGAGAAGCAUAUUUGGACAUAACAUAUUCGCGAAGUUAUUGGAAUCUGAAAAUUACAGUUGGGCAAAUUUUCUCUAGUAAGGGAGCAUUGUUGACCGAGUUAUGGUUGACGGCAUUGAGAGGCCACUUUGAAUUUAAGGUGCAAUUAUCUUGCACUAAGAGGAUGCUUGUGGUUUAUUGUCAACAUCCAUGCCCAUGGUGGGUCCGAGCAUCGAGAAUUGGAGAAUAA